GGUGUUUUUCAUUGAUGUUAUUCAAAACAAACCAGCUUUUCCAGCUUUAGAGGACUCUGAAGGAGGGAUCAGACAGGGAAACACUACAUGACCCAAGCUAGAGGAACAAGCCAGAUUUAUCAAGCAUCAGCAAAACCCUACUCUUAAGUUCCGUCACUUUGUUUUAAAUGCCAGUGUGAGCUACAGUUGGAAGUUUGAUUUGGAGGUAAUGAACAAGCAAGCUAGUCUAAUAAAGUGGCAAAAAAGGAUUACUAGCAGAGAACUGUUGCUGCCGCCUUUAGGGCUCCUGCAGGACUAGGAUCUUCAAACGUUAAGCUCCUCCCGCCUUCCGAAGUUAGCAAACUUCCUUCCCGGCAUUUCUUAAAGAGAGUGCUCCUCUGCCUUGCCGGUUCCUGCAGUGCUUUACCGAGUUCCUAAUCUUCCCUUUUGGAAGUGAAAAUGUCUGCAAAGAUUGGAGGAGGUUUCGGGAGGGAAGCUUCUCAGCAGAUCCUGGCUGGAGGUUCAGCGGGUCUUAUAGAAAUCUGCCUGAUGCAUCCCCUAGAUGUGGUGAAAACCAGGUUCCAGAUACAGAGAGGUUCAACGGAUCCAAACAACUAUAAAAAUUUGGGGGAUAGUUUUCUCAAAAUUUACCAUACAGAAAGGCUUUUUGGCUUUUACAAAGGAAUUCUCCCACCCAUCUUAGUGGAAACACCAAAAAGAGCAGUAAAGUUUUUUUCAUUUGAGCAAUAUAAGAAAUUACUUGGAUAUGUGUCACUGUCACCAGGAGUGGCAUUUGCAGUUGCAGGAUUGGGAUCUGGCCUAACAGAAGCUAUUGUGGUUAACCCUUUUGAGGUUGUAAAAGUUGGUUUGCAGGCCAAUCGGAAUAUAUUUACACAGCAGCCAUCCACUCUGGGUUAUGCAAGACAUAUCAUUAAGACAAAAGGUCUGGGGCUCCAAGGACUCAACAAAGGGCUCACAGCAACUUUGGGACGACAUGGAAUCUUCAACAUGGUUUAUUUUGGAUUCUACUUCAAUGUUAAAAACAUAAUUCCUGUCAAUAAGGAUACGACCUUGGAGUUUUGGAGAAAAUUUGGGAUUGGUCUUCUCUCCGGCAUAACAGCUUCAAUCACUAACAUACCUUUUGAUGUUGCCAAAAGUAGGAUUCAAGGGCCACAACCAGUUCCUGGAGAGAUCAAGUAUAGAACCUGUUUUAAAACAAUAGCAACGAUCUAUCAGGAAGAAGGGUUUUUUGCUUUGUACAAAGGCUUGCUUCCCAAGAUCAUGAGACUUGGACCAGGUGGUGCAAUAAUGCUUUUGGUUUAUGAAUAUGCAUAUUCUUGGCUUCAGGAAAACUGGUGAUUCAAGUAUUGCCUAAGAAAUAUUUUCCCCCUUGAAAUAAUGGACAUCUCCUCUAUAAUACUGAUUAGAGCAGAAUCCAAUAAUAGUAUUGACAGAUAAACUCUAAAGAACAAAGCUGCUUUCCUCAAGAACAAACAUAUUUAUAAAUUAUUUAAAUAUGUCCCUGGAUAUAUUUUAAACUAUAAUUGUGAUCAUGUCAUUUGGACCAUGGAGAGAAAAGUAACCCAGAGUAAAUAUAUAAUCUAAAUGGGGGAAUACUUAUAUAGAAACCACAUGAAUUUCAUAAGAAUGACAAAUGAAUUCUGUAACAUUUUGGUGCCAUAAUUCAUAUUUCAUCUUCAUAAUGUCAAUAAUUAUUUAAUUAUACAAAUCAAAGAAAAAUAUGUACCAAAAAUAAGUAAUUUUUUGCCAUAUUUAACAGUGCCAAAAGAUGAAAAAGGUUUAUUUAAUUGUUUAAAUUUUCCUUAAGUAAUUAUAUUCUUAUCUUAGUAUUUAAAAUGUUAAAGAUACUAUGAAAGUAUUUCAAGCACAUGAAAAUGGAAAUUUGUUCUUUAUAAAUUUUUUAAUAGUGAUACGAAAAUUAUUUUUAAAUGUUUUCAUUAUUCCAUUGAAUAACACUUUCACUAUUUCAAAUACUUCAUCUGAAUGGAUAUAAUGCCAUAAAAAUAAAUUUGUAGUGAUAUAUAAAGGUUUUCAUUAUUCAUUGUAUUUAUUAUGGCAUCAUAUAUGACACACACAUAUAUGUAUAUGUAAAUUUUACUAGUUAUCAUAUUGUUUUUAAAUUAUCAUUUGAAUUGUACCAAGUUU